AUGGUUAGAUAUUCAAAAUUACCAUUUCGUCAACUCGUAUCUGAAUAUGAGACUCAUAUCACUUUUACACCUAUGAUUUUAGCCAAAGAAUUUAGUCUUUCACAAAAAGCUCGUGAUUCAGAUUUCAGUACUAAUCCAUUUGAAAGAGGAACGUUUUCGAUGAUCGAUUCAAGUAAUCAAUCUACUAGAUUAGUUAAAGGUAGUUUAGUGGCUCAAUUAGGUGGAAAUGAAAGUUUUUAUAUGGCUCAUGCUGCUGAAUUACUUCAACCGUAUGUUGAUGGAAUUGAUAUUAAUUGUGGUUGUCCUCAGUCUUGGGCUUAUAAAGAAGGUAUAGGAUCAGCAUUACUUAGAAAGCCUGAUCUUGUACGUGAUCUUGUACGUGGAAUCAAGACAAAGUGUGGAGAAACGUUUCCAGUGUCGAUCAAGAUUCGAGUGGAUGAUGAUCUUCAGCAUACUUCUCGUCUGAUCAAAACAGCACUAGCUGCUAAUGUUUCCUUUAUCACUGUUCAUGGUCGCACUCGACAUCAAGCUAGCUCAGAGCCAGUCUCAUAUGAUUCAAUUAAAUUUGCUGCAGAAGAAGCUACCACCGGAUCAGAUGGAGGAGUCCCCACAGCAGCCAAUGGGAAUGUUUUCACUUUGGCUGAUGCACAAAAGACAAGAGAAUUAUGUGGAGUCAAAGGAGUGAUGAGUGCUAGAGGAUUACAAGAAAACCCUGCAUUAUUUGCUGGGUAUGAAAGGAUCCCACUCUCUGGAGUUCAAAGAUUUAUUACGAUUUCAGCUCAAACUGGAUUUAUAUUUCCAUUGUAUCAUCGUCAUUUAGCUGAUAUGCUAGGUAAUUGGUUUACAAGUAAAGAAGAACGUAAAUAUUUUAAUUUACUUUCUAGUCCAGCAAGUGUACUUGAGUUCUUAGAGGAUACGUAUGAUAUCACACCUGGACCUUUUCCUAUCAUCAAUGGUGUACUUUAG